AUGUCUGUCAAGCUCGUCCUCGCGGCUUUCGCGGGUAUCGCCACUAUGGUGGUCGGCGUGCCUCUCCCCAACGAGACCUACCCGCUCGCUACCGUCCCCGGCACUACACCUUUCAACAAGGUCGAGCCACUCCAGCAGCGUGUGGCCUUUAUCGAUGCCAACAACAUGGCCGUCUCGUGGAACACAUACGCGUCGCUUCCCGACUCGGAGGCUACCGUCCACUAUGGUCUUGACCCUCUCAACCUCGACCAGGUGGCAUACUCGAACCAGACCACCUUUGAGACCUCGCGCACCUUUUCGCACCACGCCGUGCUCUCUGGUCUCCAGCCCAAGACGCUGUACCACUACCGCGUCGCUCACACCAAUUGCUAUGCAUGCAACACCCUGCCCACGUACACCUUUACGACCCCGCGCAGCCCCGCGGACACUGAGCCAUACUCAAUCGCCGUUGUGGCGGACAUGGGUCUCAUGGGACCCGACGGCCUCACGACCGUUGCUGGCACCGGUGCCGCGGGCACGCUCCUGCCCAACGAGACCAACACGGUCCAAUCGCUCGCCCAGAACCUCGAUGCGUUCGAGCACAUUAUCCACAUUGGUGACCUUGCGUACGCCGACUACUUCAUCAAGGAGUCGGUGGGCGGAUACUUUGGCGCCGACAAUGAGAUUGUCAACCAGACCCAGGUUGUCGAGCGCUACGAGGAGCUCAACGAGGAGUUUUACGACCAGAUCACCCCGCUCACGUCGAGCAAGGCGUACAUGGUCGCCGUAGGCAACCAUGAGUCCAACUGUGACAAUGGCGGUGUUACCGACAAGACGCACAACAUUUCGUACACUGCCUCGUACUGCAUGCCUGGACAGACCAACUUUACGGCGUACGCCGAGCACUGGAACAUGCCCGGUACGCCUGGCGCCGCCAAGAACUUUUGGUACUCGUACGACGACGGCAUGGUGCACUACAUCAUCCUCGACUUUGAGACCGACUUUGGACAGGGUAUCUACGGCCCCGACGAGGUGGGCGGUACGGGCAAGCAAAUGUCUGGUUCGCGCGGCAAGGUCAACGAGCAGAUUGACUGGCUCAAGGCCGACCUCGCCAAGGUUGACCGCACCAAGACACCCUGGGUCCUCGCGUUCGGCCACCGCCCGUACUAUGUCAGCAUUGCGGACGCGCGCUGCACCCAGUGCCAGGAGGCGUUCGAGCCCGUCCUGAACGCAGGCGGCGUCGACCUCGUCAUGACCGGCCACGACCACGUCUACUCGCGCUCGACGGCCGUGUACAACAACACGGCCGACCCGGCGGGCUACAACGACCCCAAGUACCCAGUCUACAUCACCAACGGUCUCGGCGGCCACUAUGACGGCAUGGACGACAUGGACGCGACCCUGCCUGCCAACAUUGAGUUUGGUAUCGAGCACGUGUACGGCUGGUCGCGCCUGUACUUUGCCAACGCCACCCACAUGCGCCAGGACUUUGUUGCGAGCCGCAACUCGUCGGUCCUCGACUCGUUCUGGCUGUACAAGUCGCGUGGCGGUAACACCAGCCCCGUCACUACCACCUCCAAGGGCAACAACGGCAACGGCCAUGGAUCGCACACCAGCACCUCGAGCAGCCACCACAGUACCCCCACGCACAAGCAAAACGGUCAGAACGGCCAGGGCCAGAACGGCCAGAACUAG